AUGCAAAUAGAUCGACUGAAGCAGCUACAGGAUAUGGCUCGAGAGCGAGGUGUCAUAGUCAAGGUGCACAUGCUCGGUGUAGCAGGGGGAGUAGCGGCGACAGGGGCCGCCGUAGCCACCUCAGCAGCGACAACAAUGGCUGGCGCUGCUGCUGCUGAUGCCAAGGCCAGUCCAGUAUUUGACGAUUCGUCAGCAGCACCGACGGACUAUGACACGAGCAGGCCGAACACCCCACAGGAACAGCGGGUUGGCACUGGGACAGAAGUAGCAGCUUUCCUGGGCGUAUCAUGGAAGGCAUCAGAAGCCAAGGCUGAGGCUGAUAAGCGUCAGUCGAUGGACGAGUUCUAUGCCCAGGCUGGGGAGGUCCAACGUAACCUUGGCCUGGUCAAUAAGAAUCUUGAUCUGUUGGACCAGAAACGGAUAGACGUUAUUAACGCUACAAGCCAACAGCAGGAGCAAGCUAUUCGGGACAGUGUCGAUGAGAUCGUUAGUGAUGUAAACCGGAGUAUGGUGGGGACCAAGAAGAAGAUAGACACUAUGGGAGAGUCCACCAAGGACUUCGAAAGUAAAUUUGCCUCGAAGUGUCACAUUGCAUCGGAACUCCGUAUUCGUAAUGGGAUGGAGCAGGCCGGCCUACGACGGCUGAACGAAUACUUGAAACGCUUUCAAAAACUGCAAUCGGAUUUCAACAGCGACAUUCGGGAGAAAGCACUGCGGCAGCUUGCCAUCGCGGUCCCUGCUGCGACAGAUGCCGAGAGAGAAGCGAUGGUAGAUCAAGGAGUUCAACCCCAGGAGCAGUACUUUCGGUCCAAGCAGGAUAGAAUCACAAAGCUGCAAGGCCUGAGGGACAGAUAUGAGUCGAUUCAACGGCUGGAGCAGUCAAUUCAAGAAGUUAACCAAAUGAUGGUCGAGCUUGCGUUAUUAGUAGAACAGCAAGGGGAAAUGCUCGACUCAAUAGAAUUCAACGUUGUGAAUACUAAGAACAAUGCUGCGCGUACGGAGCGAGCGUUGAUCAAGGGCCGCAAGAGGCAACGUCGUAACCUGUGGAUUAAGCUAUGUAUAUGUGUCUGCUGUGUGGUUUGCAUUCUAGCCCUGGUUCUGGGUCUCCUGUCGUACUUCAAGGUACUAUUCCCGUCCAAUAGUAGAUGAUGGGCCUUUUAAUAUUAUACAUCGUUAAACGGGAGCGGCUACUCACUGGCCUGCGACGGUUACUCCUACCACUGUAUUUGUUUUCGACUAUUAAAACUACUAUACUUCAGCCGCUGGUAUCAUUACAGUCAUGGAUGCUAAGUUGCUUCUUUGGAUAUCUGAGUACCAUAUAUCAUCCAUUCGGCCCGGUUA